AUGUCUGCUUCGGUCGCACGCGUUGAGCUUGGUGUCCUGCAGCCGAUUGGGGAUUUGGCAGAGAGCCUGAUUGCUCUAAUCGUCAGAUGGGCAAUCAUUUUCCACGAAUCCUUGUUGGAAAUGCACCAGGAACCGGAGCCCGUGGUCGAUGUAAGCCAGGUUAUACCCCUGAUGGAGAAAAUGGUCCGGAUCGUACAUGAUCCGCCGCCAGAAAUCCGUCCGGUGGAGACUGCGGUGAUCAGCGAAGAUUCCGUUAUCGAAUUGCUGACAUCUCUGGAGUCUUUUAUAACCUGGCUAUUUCUAUCUACGACAUGGUAGUGUCGCUGGUCAGUA